AUGAGCACCGACACCGCCAGCAGCCAGCCGCCCGGAAAGAUCGAGAUCGAAGACGGCGUCGCCUGGAUUCAUCUCGACGAUCCGGUGAAGAAUGUCAACACCUUGUCGACCCGCUAUUUCGCCUGGUUCGAGGAAACCAUCGAGCGGCUUGCCGGCGAAGAUCUCCGCGGUGCGGUCUUCCUGUCCGACAAGCCGGGCUAUUUCAUUGUCGGUGCGGACAUCGAAGAACUGGCCGCGAUCACCGAUCCGGCGGCGGUGCGGGCGAUGGUCAGCCGCGGCCAUCGGUUGGUGGCGAAGUUCGCCAAGCUAUCGUUUCCGGUGGUGGCAGCGAUCGACGGCGCCUGCCUGGGCGGUGGUCUGGAAUUGGCCCUGGCCUGCGACCUGCGGGUGGCGACCCACGCCAAGCACACCAAGCUUGGCUUGCCCGAGGUCCAGCUCGGUUUGAUUCCCGGGCUCGGUGGCACCCAGCGCCUGCCACGAUUGAUCGGGGUGCCCGAUGCCCUGGACAUGAUCCUCACCGGCCGCCAGAUAAUAGCCAAGAAAGCCAAGAAGAUCGGCCUGGUAGACGAGCUCUGCCAUCCGCUGGUACUGCGCGAGGCAGCCUUGAAGCUGGUCUCAUGGGGUAAGCCGGGCCGACCGGGCUACGGUGGUCCAGAUCGCAAGGAGGCGAAGAGCCGCAAGAGCUUCAGCAAGCGUGCCGGCGACUUUCUUGCCCACACACCAGGCGCCCGCCGGUUGGUCUACGACAAGGCCCGCGAGACCGUGCUCAAGAAAUCCGGCGGUCACUAUCCGGCACCGCUGAUCGCUAUCGACGUGGUGCGCGAUGGCCUCGACCUGCCGCUCGAGAAGGCCCUGGAGCUCGAAGGCAAUGCCUUCGCCAAGUUAGUGGUGACCGACGUCGCCAAGGGAUUGAUCUCGAUCUUCUUCGCCAAGAACGAUGUCGAAGGUCGGGCCAAGAAGCUCGCCAAGGGCACCCGCCAGGUCGAUCGCAUCGGCGUCCUGGGUGCCGGCUUCAUGGGAUCGGGUAUUGCCCAGGUGCUGUCGCACCGCGGUUACCCGGUGGUGCUGAAGGAUCGCGACGCCGAGUCGGUGGGUCGCGGGCUGAAGCAUUGCCACGGUUUAUUCGAGGGUUUGCGCAAACGUCGCAAAUACACCGAGGUCGAGGUCAAGACGGCGAUGAGCCGCAUCCAGCCGGCGGUCGACUACGACACCUUCGGCAAUCUGCCGCUGGUGAUCGAGGCGGUCUACGAGGAUCUGGCAGUCAAGCACCAGGUGAUCGCCGAGGUCGAAGCGGCGGCCCCCGAUGGGGUGAUCUUCGCCUCUAACACCUCGACCAUCCCAAUCGCCCUGCUGGCCGAAGGUUCGAAGAAUCCCGAGAACGUCGUCGGCAUGCACUUCUUCAGCCCGGUGCACAAGAUGCCGCUGCUCGAGAUCAUUCGCCAUCCCGGUACCUCGGACGAAGCCUUGGCGACGGUGGUCGACAUGGGUAACAAGAUGGGUAAGACGGUGAUCGUGGUCAACGACGGGCCAGGAUUCUUUACCAGUCGAGUGCUGGGGCCGUUCGUCAACGAGGCCCUGUGGUGCCUCUACGAAGGGGCCCGCAUCGAGCAGAUUGACACGGCCCUCACCGGCUGGGGAUUCCCGGUAGGUCCGUUGGCACUGCUCGACGAGGUCGGCAUCGACAUCGCUCACCACGCCGGUCAGACCAUGAUGGCAGCCGCCGGCAGCCGCGCCCAGCCCUCGCCGGUGUUCAAAGAGAUGAUCGAUGGCAAACGGCUCGGCCGCAAGGGUAAACGCGGCUUUUACGACUACCGCAAGAAACCCAAGCGAGUCGACGAGUCGGUUUACGAGAUGAUCGCCUGGGACGAAGAAGAGAUUCCCGAGGCAGAGAUCGUCGAGCGCUGCUGGAUGCAGAUGCUCAACGAGAUCGCGCGGACCAUCGAAGACGGGGUGAUCGAGAACCCGGUCGACAUUGACCUCGGGGUGAUCUUCGGCUUUGGCUUCCCGCCCUUCCGUGGCGGUAUCUUGCGCGAGGCCGACCGCCUCGGUCUCGACUAUGUGGUCAGUCGCCUAAAGCACUACGCCGACCGGCACGGCGAGCGCUUAGAGCCCGCCCGGCUAUUGCAAGACAUGGCGACCGGCGGGAGCAAGUUCUACGACGUGUAG